GUGCACGCAGAAAGCGGGGAAGAGAAUCAGUCCAGUUUCUGCCACGCUCCCGCAAUGCGAUUCCUUCGCGGGAUCAGCUUGAGUCUGCUGUUCCACGGAAUGCUAGCGACCAGCGGUGUGCAAGCAGCAGGUUUCCAAACAGAUGGCGAGUGGUUUCGAAAAUCGCUACUUCUGGAUCAGCUUCACGGUACUGAAGGACGGCUUUAUGCAUUGCAACUCCAGAAAAGGACUAUGAUCGAUGACCACAGAGUUUCUCUACUUCAACAUCUAGUUCAGGCACAACUGACCAGGACAGCCCAUUUGGAAAAACAUCUGCCAUACAGUCGUAUUACUCGUCUCGCAGACUACGCAAACUACGACAUCAUGAAGCGCUCAAGGUUGCUACGAAGGACCCCACCGAUAAGUGACACCUUGAAAGAAACCCCACACGUAACUUUAGAAUCCAGGUGGCAAUCAAACGUAUAUGAUCCACUUCAUGCUGAGAUAAAAACUCGAUUCAGAAGAGACGCCCACAAUACCACUCUGCGGCGACCAAAGCGUUACAUCUGGCCAUUUUUGGCCCUCAGCUGGCUCUAUUUGCCAUACUUAUACUCGGGAUUAUAUAGUUAUUCUGCUUUAUAUUCGCCGUUUUAUUACAGGUACCCUUACUACACAUAUGGAUACGGGUACUACCCAUACAGGUUCGUCUAUCCAGUUUAUGUGAACCCUGUCCAACCGACAGCCACCACAGCAGCACCCGCCGCGGCGCGCUAAUGUGGUCCUUCCAUUCGUGA